AUGGUUGAUGUUGGCGAACUCCUACAAUUAGCUGAAAAAAAAUUGUACCAAUUUGAGGAUGAUCGUCCUAUGAAGCGAAGGCGUAUAGAUGGCAGUGAUGAUCAUAAAAGUUUAGGUGCUUCAUCCAGUGGAAACAGCAGCUCCGCAGCUGCAGCUAUAACUAGUAGCACAAAGUUGAGCAAUGAAGAGCGUGAUAAAAUCUUAGCCAUGCUAGAUGAUGAGCCAGAGACAGAAUCAUUAGAUUCGCAUAGCCUAAAGAAGUUGAUACUAAGUUUCGAGAAGAAGGUAUCAAAGAAUCAAGAGAUGAGAAUUAAACAUCCUGAUGAUCCAAAGAAAUUUAUGGAAUCUGAAAUUGAAUUGUAUGAAGAAAUUCAGAAAUUGAAUGUCAUUGCUACUGCCCCGGAACUCUAUCCACAAUUGGUCGAGCUAAACACUAUCAAAUCCUUCGUUGAUCUGCUGACUCACGAUAAUUCUGAUAUAUCCAUUGCAAUUGUGGAUUUACUACAAGAGAUGACUGAUGUUGAUAGUUUACACGAAAGUCAUGAGGGAGCAGUGGCAUUAAUAGACGUUCUGGUGGAGAAUCAAAUUGUCACUUUAUUAAUUCAAAACAUUGAACGACUAAACGAUUCUAUAAGAGAAGAAGCUGAUGGAGUUCAUAAUACGCUAGCUAUUAUUGAAAAUCUAACAGAGUUUAAACCUGAGUUAUCUACCGAAGCAGCGAAUCAAGGACUUAUGCAGUGGAUUUUGAGGAGUUUAGUGGCGAAACGCAACACCUAUGAUGCAAAUAAAGCCUAUUCUUGUGAAAUACUUGCAGUCCUACUACAAGGCCACGAAGGGAAUCGCACAUUGUUAGGCGAAUUAGAGGGUAUCGACACACUACUUCAAAUAUUGUCUGUAUAUCAUAAGCGAGACCCGACCACCGCAGACGAAAUUGAAAUGCUGGAAAAUUUGUUCGAUUGCCUGUGUUCAUCAUUAAUGCAGUGUCCUGGAAAUUGCGAAAGAUUUUUACGUGGUGAGGGUCUACAGUUAAUGAUAUUGAUGCUAAGAUCGAAAAAGCUUAGUAGCAAAGGAGCAAUAAAAACUUUAACUUAUGUUUUAUCAAACUAUAAUGGACCAGAUUGUGCUGUAAAGUUUAUAGAACUAUUUGGUUUACGUAGUCUUUUUCCUUUAUUUAUGAAAACACCAAAAAUGUUUAAAAAACUGACCAAUGAAAGUGAGCAUAUAGAACACAUUUGCUCCAUUAUGGUCCAUUUAUUUCGGCAUAGUUCAGGACAAUCCAAGUCUAGAUUAGCGAAUAAAUUUAUCGAAAACGAUUUCGAGAAGGUGGAUCGUCUUAUGGAGCUACAUUUUGAGUAUAUGCAUCGUGUUCAAGAAUGUGAUAAUAAAAUCGAAGAAGAAAAACGAGAAUUAGCUGAUGAUGGUGAAGAGAUUGACGAAAGUUUAGAAGAGGAAUUCUAUCUACGUCGAUUGGAUGCAGGUCUUUUUAGCCUGCAUCUUAUUGAUACGAUCAUGUUGGAGGCUUCAGCUGCUGGUGGUCCAAAUGUAAGGCAUCGUAUUCAAACGUUAUUAAAUCAGCAUGGAGGUUCCAUGAAGGCUGUAAAGGAUAUCAUGCGAGAAUAUGCAAGUCAAAUCGGUGACGCAAAUAGUAAAGAUAGCAAAGAUGCAGAACAACGUCGCAUUUUGUCGUUAAUCGAUAGAUUUUAA